AAAGAAAUAUGUAAGCCGAAGAAACAGAGAGGGGUUGCUGUUUGUCGAAAGAGGUGCAGUCAUUCGUUAAGUGGUGAUUAAUGAUAGGCUGCUAAAGGGGUUGUUGGGGUCUUGGGGAAAUCCAAGAUCGGAUCAGCCAUGGCCUCCACUUCUGCUCUGCUCUCAAUCUUCUUUGCCCUUCUGACCCUCACAGAUUCAUUAGUCCAAAUCCAAGGUAUGGGAAUUGGAAUCAACUAUGGUCAGAUAGCAAACAAUCUUCCAUCUCCAUCCCGGGUCGCUGCCCUCCUCACAUCCCUCAACAUCAGCAGAGUAAAACUCUAUGAUGCCGAUCCACAUGUCCUGGCUGCCUUCUCCAAUUCUAAUGUUGAUUUCAUCAUUGGUCUUGGGAAUGAGUACCUUGAGAACAUGAGAGAUUCUAUCAAGGCUCAGAAUUGGAUCCAACAGAGAGUUCUGCCUUACGUUUCUCAAACCCAGAUCAGUUGCAUCGUAGUAGGCAAUGAGGUAUUCAAAACCAAUGACACUCAGCUAUGGUCUAAUCUGCUCCCAGCCAUGCAAACUGUUUAUCAAAGUCUAGCUAAUUUCGGACUUAACAAGAAAGUAACUGUCUCGACCGCACAUUCUCUUGACAUCUUGGCUAGUUCCUACCCUCCUUCAUCCGGGACUUUCAGGCAAGACGUUGGUCAGUAUAUGCAACCCCUUCUGAAUUUUCAUUCUCAGAUCAAUUCACCCUUCUUGAUCAACGCAUAUCCUUAUUUCGCAUAUAAGGAUAACCCGAAUGAGGUGCCUCUAGAGUAUGUACUCUUCCAGCCUAACCAAGGGAUGGUGGAUUCCGGCACAAAUCUGAAAUAUGAUAACAUGUUGUAUGCUCAAGUUGAUGCUGUCUAUUCUGCCAUCAAAGCAAUGGGACAUACUGAUAUUCAAGUUAGGAUAUCCGAAACAGGUUGGCCAUCCAAAGGGGAUGCUAAUGAAGUGGGAGCUACACCAGAAAAUGCAGGAUUAUAUAAUGGUAAUCUAUUGCAGAGAAUAGAAGAGAAGCAAGGGACACCAGCAAAACCAAAUGUCCCCAUUGAUAUCUACGUGUUUGCACUCUUCAACGAGAAUUUAAAGCCCGGACCAACAUCAGAGAGGAACUACGGACUAUACUACCCUGAUGGUACUCCAGUUUACAGUAUUGGAUUAAAUGGUUAUCUUCCACAGAUAAUAUAUUCAUCAUCAUCAGCAACCCAAAUAAGGGCAUUGUCUGUCCUCAAUCUUCUGAUUUUGGUCGUAGCAGGAAUAAUUUGCACUUAAGAACAUGCAAGUUUGACUACUAAUGGAGAGGAGGGAUCACUAAAAAGCAGAAUUUGUAGAGAUGAUCAAAUACCAUCUAACUUUUUAGACAUCUUUGUGGCGUCUGUCAAGGGCUGAAUCAGAUGAUUGAGACAACUAAACAAUUAGGCAUUCAGACACACGAUGGUAGGGUUUAUACCUUUUUUUGAGGUUUGUCCACUCCUUACAUGCACCAGUUGGUUCUGAUUGCUCUAAUCUAAUAAACUCCAAUUUAUGAUUUGAGUCACAUUUAAUUUAUUUAUUUGCAAUAUGAAGAUAUGGUGCUGCGUCUCCGUCCACCUUAUCUUCCGUUGGGUGAAUCUUUUUGUUUGCAAAUUCUUCAUGUCUUCACCAACGCAAAAGUCCAAAUUGGCCUCUAUCAGGGGAAGAAGACCUUGGAAUCCACCUUACGCUCUGCACCCGUUUCCUUCUUUCAGUAAAAGAGAAUUAAUAGCACCACCUUUUCCAAAUUGUCAAUUUCAAGCUCUAUAUCAGUUUCAGUUCAGCCUUUCGGGGUCAAUUUAUCUGCUUAAAUAUCUUUUGAAGGUUCAUUUCUUUCGGUGCAUUCUUCAUGUGGGGAAGGGAGGAAACAAUUUCUUUAUAAAUCACACGAAAAAGCUGAAGCUAAUUUGUUCUGUUAGUGUUAGGUUAGAUUAACGGUUGACAUUUAACAUAAAAAAAUUGGAGGCUGGUGGCUAGUGGUUUUCAAUAUCAUGGACCAUGCCUUUGUGUCAUGGUAGUCUUACAUCAGAAUGGACACAAGUUGGAUAAAAUUGACAGCUAGCC